AUGGUGCAGAGUGCGAUCCAAUUCCUCGAGGACCCCAAGAGCUCGCCGGUGUCGCAGCGGAUCAGCUUUCUUGAGUCGAAGGGGCUGACGCCGCAGGAGAUUGAUGUGGCGCUCGGCCAUGCGGGGCGCGCUGGCGCAGCGCUCCCGCAGCGUGCGCCGUACCCGAUGAUGCCGGCGUACCCGCCCGCACGCGCGCAGCGCGACUGGCGCGACUGGUUCAUUAUGGCGGUGGUGUCCGGCACGGUCGGCUACGGCGUCGCCGCCCUGGCGCGGCGCUACCUGUACCCGCAUCUGCAGCCGCCGAACCAGACGGCGCUUGAGGAAGAGCGCGAUGCGCUGGCGGCCAAGUACGACGAGGUCGCGCUGCACCUCGAGGAGCUCGACCAGACGACGGAGGCCAUGAGCCAGGGUCUCGCGGCGCAGCAGGCGGCCAUUGCCGCGAGCGUGCAGGGCGUGAAUGAUAUGGUCGCUGACGCGCGUGAGCGCGAGGAGCGCCGCGACAAGGACAUGGACAAGAUGCGCGACGAUGUCGAGGAGCUGCGGACAGACGUCGAGGGCAUGUUCGACCGCGCGCGCCAGGCGCAGGUCUCGGCGCUGUCGGAGCUGCAGUCGGAGCUCAAGUCGCUCCGCUCGCUGCUCGUGUCGCGGGGCGGGCUGUCUGCCAGCAGCGCAGAGCCGGCCGCGGACGACGCGCCGCCUGCGCGCGCUGCGCCUUCGAUCCCGGCCUGGCAGCUUGCCGAGCCAAACGAGUAG